GUCCUAUAAUACGGUUCUAUCUACCAUUUGGUCCAAAGUCCACCUACUUCCAAUUCACUUCGCCAGAAUGCCUUCCACACUCCCAAGAGACGAUGCUGGCAAACCAUAUGUUGCCUGUAUCAUCGACGGGAAGCCGCUGGGGCCAAACGCUUUGCCUUGUUUUCCUGUCGUCUCUUCCCAGAAGCAGGAGAUUGUGCACUACACUCAGUCUGCCAGUACUGAUAUCGCGAUCAAAGCCGUGGAUUCUUCAUGGAAGACUUUCCAGACAUAUAAGAAGACAAGUGUGUAUGAGCGUCGCGAUUUAUUGAUCAAGGCUGCAGAUCUCUUCGAUCGUAAGGUUAAGGAUUCGGUCAAUCGUCAGAUGACCGAGACUAGCUGCGAUGAGGCAUGGGCAGAAAUGAACAUCCGCAGUGCAUCAGCGUUUUGUCGCGACUUGAGUACAGCCCUGGAAUCCGCACUCUCUGGAGAGGUCAAACCAACAGGCGAUGGUUCCUAUUAUCUGAUAACUCGUGAGCCUAUCGGGCCCGUUUUGGAUAUCAUUCCAUGGAACGGUGCUGUUGCUCUAUGUGCACGUGCAAUUGCAAGUGCUCUUGCAGCAGGGUGCACUGUUCUCCUAAAAGCCUCCGAACUUUGUCCUUGGACGCAUCAGUUGGUGGCAGAGACCUUUCUCGAAGCUGGUUUUCCGGCAGGCUCUGUUAAUAUGAUCAUAUCGAGUCGCUCUGACGCACCUCAAAUUACCGAAGCCAUUAUUUCUCAACCGUCACUGAGAAAGAUUGAGUUCAUCGGCAGUCAGGCUGUGGCUAAGAACAUUGGUGCCGUAGCGGCCAAGUAUCUGAAGCCGAUAGUGAUGGAAUUAGGUGAUCAAAGUCCAGCUAUCGUUCUUGAUGACGCAGACCUAGCUCAGGCGGCUGAGCUAAUUGUUAAAAGUGCUAUGUUGCUCCAUGGGCAAGUUUGCUUCUCCACCGAACGCAUCAUUGUCCAUUCCACUGUCAAGAACGAAUUUUACAAACACCUUGUAGAAGCUGUUCGGCGGCUCCCUUCGGCAGGACAAGCGGUCUCGAACGCCUUUGCCCAGAAAGCUAAAGCCGCGGUUGAUGACGCUAUUGACCAUGGCGCUAAGUUCCUCGUUGGAAGUAGUGCGUUGACCGGCCCAGCAGCUGUUGCCCCGUCAAUUUUGACAGACGUCAACCCGAACGCGCUCUUAUUUGCCAGCGAAGGAUUCGCGCCAACAGCGUCUACCUUCAUUGUCGACAACGACCAAGAAGCAAUCGAGGAAGCAAACUCGCGGGACGGUGGUCUCUCAGCUGUCAUCUUCACUAGCAGUUACGAGCGCGGAUUACGCGUGGCACAAGGAAUUGAGUUCGGGAUGGUGCAGAUCAAUACUAUAACUCCAGCAGGCGUGAGUGGACCUGCAACUUCUGUCAAGAGCAGUGGAUGGGGAAGCACUGGUGGACGAUAUGGUAUAGAGAAUUUUCUCUACUACAAAGCCAUCUCAUUGGCAGUAACUAAACACCUGUAG